AUGCCUUCCAUCUUGAAAUUGAUCUUGCUGUCUGCUUUGCCUCUGGUCUGGGCCGUUCCGGCACAAAAGAGAGCAUCUGACCCAACUGUGAUCAUCUCCAAGCCCGAGGCCACUGUUGUUGGCUCCACGGGUAUCGACAAGGUUGACAAGUUCAAUGGUAUCCCAUUUGCGCUGCCUCCGACUGGCUUCCUUCGGUUGAAACCACCUCAGCCAAUCAAAACAUCCCUCGGGACCAUACAGGCUACUUCUGCUGCGAAGUCUUGCCCGCAAUUCACCUUCAGCACCGACGAAAAGAACAUGCCUAGUUCUGUAAUUGCAAAUCUCAUCAACAUCCCAAUCUUCCAGCAGAUCAUCAAUUCUGGCGAGGACUGCUUGACUCUCGAUGUACGCCGUCCGUCCGGAACUAAGGCAGAUGCAAAGCUGCCGGUGCUCGUCUGGAUCUUUGGUGGUGGCUUUGAACAAGGUGCCUCUACACGAUAUGACGGAUCAAACUUCGUGACAAGCUCUGUGAGCCUGGGUAUGCCAGUUAUCUUUGUGACUAUGAACUAUCGUCUUGGAGGGUUUGGGUUCUUGCCAGGUGCAGAGAUUCUGAAUGAUGGCUCUGCCAAUAUCGGACUAGUGGAUCAGCGACUUGCUUUGAAAUGGGUUGCAGACAACAUCGGUGCAUUUGGAGGUGAUCCAUCUAAGGUCACUCUUUGGGGCGAGUCUGCUGGUGCUAUCUCAGUGUUUGAUCAGAUGGCCAUGUAUGAUGGUGACAAUACAUACAAUGGGGCGCCGCUUUUCCGUGGUGCCAUCAUGAAUUCUGGAAGUAUUGUGCCUGCAAAUCCCAUUGAUGGCACCAAAGGCCAGGCUAUAUAUGAUGCUGUUGUCAAAAACGCCGGCUGCAGUGGCGCCAGUGACACCCUCGCAUGUCUACGCGGGCUGGAUUACACCAAGUUCCUGAACGCUGCCAACUCAGUCCCGGGAAUUUUGAGUUACAAUUCCGUCGCUGAGUCAUAUUUGCCUCGUCCCGAUGGCACGAUCUUAACCCAAUCACCAGAAAAAUUAGUCAUGCAAGGUAAAUACGCUUCGGUGCCAUUCAUCAUUGGCGACCAAGAAGAUGAGGGCACCAUCUUUGCUCUAUACCAAACCAAUUUGACGACAACCGAGCACAUUGUGGACUAUCUAGAGAACCUAUAUUUCUUCGAUGCCUCGCGACAGCAACUCACUGAUUUCGUUGCCACCUACAAAGAUACCCAAGAAUACGGCUCGCCCUUCCGCACGGGAUCCUUGUACAACUGGUACCCACAAUAUAAACGACUGGCAGCAAUCCUGGGCGAUCUAUCUUUCACUCUGACACGCCGGGUCUUCCUGAACCUCGCCCAGAUAGCGAAACCAGAUGUUCCUUCCUGGUCCUACCUGGCAACCUAUGCCCAUAUCAUUCCCUUCCUAGGAACCUUUCAUGGAUCUGAUAUCCUGCAGGUUUUCUAUGGAAUCCUGCCAAACUAUGCAUCAAAAUCAAUACACUCAUACUACUUGUCAUUUGUAUAUGAGCUCGAUCCCAACGCAAAGGCUGGAGAUUAUAUGCACUGGCCACGAUAUGAUAAUAACCAGUCGUUGAUGAACUUUUGCAUUGAUCGUGGUCUUCUCCUGCCGGACAAUUUUCGUCAAGAUACCUAUGACCAUAUGAUGGCGGACAUUGGUGCAUUCCAUAUUUGA